CUCUUCAGCCUGUUCGAGCGCCACGGCAGCAGCGACUACAUCGGCGAGCCAAUGUCCAUCACGGAGCACUCCGUGCAGACGGCAAACGCGGCGCUCAAGGCGGGCGAGACGGACAUGGCCGUGCUCGCCUGCCUGCUUCACGACGUGGGCCACCUCUGCGGGCUGGAGGCGGGCCACGCGCCAGGCAUGGGAGGCUGCGGGACGCCCGACCAUGAGCGGAUCGGCGCGGACUUCCUCGGCGCGCUCGGCCUGCCGCAGGACAUCGCCUACCUGUGCCACCACCACGUCGGCGCAAAGCGGUACCUGUGCGCCACGGUGCCGGGCUACGAGGAGCGGCUCUCCGAGGCGAGCAGCGUGACCCUGCAGCACCAGGGCGGGCCAAUGUCGCCGGCGGAGGUUGCGGCGGCCGACGCCGACCCUCGCUGGCCGCUCGUGCUGCGGAUGCGACGGUACGACGAGGCGGGCAAG